AUGAGGACAUCAAACCAGAGCACAUACAGUGCAGGGUCUCAUGUGAUGGAGUAUGGUGAUAAGAAUGUAAAACCUGAGAAGUUGUACCUUUACCAGGGCUUUGACCCUGCCAAUGCCAAUUUAACUGAGAAUGCACGUCGCCUCAGCAAGCAGAUGGGAGUCAUCAAUCAGAGAGAUGCUGACCUCCUAUUCUUAUGGCACAUGUAUGAAAGAUUAGAGGAAGGGUCAAACAAAAAGAAGGAAAUUCUCUCGGAGAUCACUGAGAUGAUGAUGCACAGAGCACACCUUGACAGUAGCAUCGAACUCAUCGGCAAUCUAAUUUUUGGAUCGGAUGUUGCACCUUCAGUCCUCAAAACCGUGAGGCCAUCUGGUCAGGCUCUGGUUGAUGAUUGGAUCCAAGCAUUCGAGUUGCAUUGUGGAUCGCUCACUCAAUAUGGCAUGAAGUAUAUGCGAGCUUUCGCAAACAUAUGUAACGAGGGUGUCUCAAAGGAUGAGAUGGAAGAAGCUUGUGGUAAUGUUUGUGGAAGCUACAACUCAGCUAAGUGGAGUCCCUUUAUCCAUGGCUACAGUGCAUGA